AUGCUGAUCGAUUGCAUUUUGGUCCGCACUGUCGAUGCAUCCCUACCCGUCACCGGAGGAUCAGCGAAGAAUGGACUGUCUGGUGGUACUUCCACGGGGUCUUUGGUUCCAUUUUGCAUAAUCACGGCCUACCUGCCAUCGGCUGGAGAAUACGCCCUAGAGGUAUAUGGAGCACCAGCUGAUUCUGAAGAGGAUACGUCCUACUUUCUGGUGUGGCAGUUUAUGAUAGAUGCGGACUGUGGUGUGUGCUUGUCGACUCCAGUGCGCAAACGUCUGGCCACGACCAACUUGGGUCCACAAGAUGAGACAUGGUCGCAACUGGGUAUUCGAACAGUCAGCCACCCUGAUCCUUUAAUCCAUGUACCGACGAAGGGCAUUAGAGGUCUACAAAGGGCACGCAGCAAAAAUGAACUGAUGAAACAAUUUGUCCAAAAGGCGGAGAAAGUCGACCACGACCAUGCACGUCAAAGUCUUUCCGUUUCACAUGGAAGCGAUGCCGAGAAGGACGAGAAUGCGGAUGAACCAAUCGGCCCACUCAGUUGUGACCUAAGGAUUGUGUUGGAGAAGCCAGCGGCCAGCAAACUGUGCAUUGUUGGUCAGCUGGUUGACAUAAGUGAACCUACAGAGGAGUUGUUCACGGACGUUUGCGAGUAUCGGGUGGAAGCCAGAGGCGCUGAUCCCGACUCAUCUGUUACUGCGAAACCAGGCAGUAUCGAUAUACCACCAUUCCCGCCCACCUCGCAGUCUCACUACGGGCCAACGGAGAAAGCCAUAGAGUUGCAACUCCAAGCUGUCCCUCCGGAUAUCAGCGCAGUCCGGAAAUGCGUUGAUGGCGUCUUCGAAGUCCGCUUUGCUACCACAGAGCCGGUUUGUUGA